AUGGCCGAAAACGCGCCUCCCGGGGGCGCUAAUGCGGCCUCUGAUGCUGCCUCGCGCGGCAUGCCCUACUACGAACGACUACGACGCGACCUGCGCGAAUCACUCCAAAAGAAACGCGUUCUGGAUAAUAACCUGCAGCAGCUUGAAGACAACAUCCUCCGAGUCGAGACGCAAUAUUUGGAGGAAACAAGCGCGGGAAACAUCAUAAAAGGCUUCGACAACUAUAUUAAAGGCGCGGCGACUACCACGACCACAAGUGGAGCGGGCACAGCGACACGGCGCAAAGCACAGGUCAGCGACGUAGACCGAAUCUUCAGUCGAAGCUCGUCUAGUUUCCUGAGAGAGGCAUCGACACCAGCUUCUGCAGGAACAACUCCAUCACAUGCAGCUACGCCAAUUUCAUCGUUUCCCACCCGCGAGUCAAGUCAGCCUACAGCGAACGGCGCGAGGGGAGGAAGCAAAAAGAAGAAGGCCGGAGACGACGAUGAUGCGGACAGCGCAUCAGUGAAGAGGAAUAAGAUUUCAUACGGAAGAGAGUGA